AUGGCUACCAACACCCGGUCCGCGAGCUUGCUGCUGUGCUUGAUCGCCAUUGUGUUGCACUUCCAGCUCUUCUCACUUGCAGCUGCCGCACCGUCACGCAGCAACAAGACCCGAGACGACGGCCAUGGCGGCAGGACGCUGAGCUUCACCCUGUACCAGCAAGAGACCAUCAACAAGACCGCCUACAUGGUGGUCGACGGCGUGGCCGGCGCAGCGGUCAGCCAGACCACCACGCCCUUCGGCACCGUCUACGUUUUCCGCGACAACCUGACGGUGCACGCCGACAGGGCCUCCCCGGUGGCCGGCGUGGCGGAGGGGACCUCCAUCACCACCAGCCUCGACGGACUGUUGAGCUUGUCGCUGGCCAAGAUCACGAUCCACCACCGAGGUCACCGGGGCUCCGUGUCCAUCCUCGGGGGAACGUACAACAUCGGGCCGUCCGACUACCCGGUGGUGGGCGGCACCGGUGACUUCGCGUAUGCCGUGGGCUACGUCCGGUCGUCGCCGGUGGACCUGCGGGGAUCCACGGUCACGUACAAGUUUGAGCUUCAACUGUAUUGGCCCCCGUACGCGCCUUACGCUCCAACUCCGCAGUAG